AAGUCACAUUUUGCUAGAAAGGUUAAUUAAUUACUUAGAUAGGACUAUAAGAGGCACGUGACAUCUAUAGCGCCGACGUUGGUUCUGAAUCCAGCCGGUGGAAAGAUGGAAUCUCCGAAGGUUUUGAAUCAGCCUGCCACGCCAAUCUUGAUCUUCUUUCUUACUAUUUCUUUAAUGUUCUCUGUAUCAGGUGCAGUACCAUAUGACUAUAUGCAAUACGUGGUACAAUGGCAACCUGCUGUUUGUAGUAACCCUUUAUCCUACAAGAGGUGCACAAAGUUAGCUAAUCAAAGUUUCACAAUUCAUGGCCUCUGGCCAAGCAAUUACAACGGAGCAUCGGUGACACAGCAAGGAGGGCAGGCAUUUGACAUAAAUGAGCUAUCUCCAAUUAAGCCACAAUUGGAUAAAUGCUGGCCUAGCAUGUUUCGCGAAAAUGAUGAAUUUUGGAGGCAGGAAUGGUCUACGCACGGAACAUACUCCCUGAAUUAUGGAUUUAGCAGCCAACUUGAAUAUUUUGAUCAAGCGGUUGAACUCUGCAACUCGUACAACGACUGGAUUGGAGACAUUCUCAAGACGAAUGGAAUCAAUCCUAGUGAUAGCACGCCGGUGAAGAGCACUGACAUUGCUGACGCGAUCUACUACAAUUUUAGUAAAAGUCCGGCACUACGUUGUUCCAAACGUGAUGGUUCUGUAGACGGACGAAAAAAUCUACUAGAAGUAGUUUUGUGCUUCAAUGUCAAUGGGGAAGAUAUGGUGGACUGUCCCCGGGCUAUUAGUGCUUGUCCUUCUUAUAUAUAUUUUUUGAGCAGUGCUACCGAGAGCAGUGCUCCGCCGAGCAGUGCUACGGGGAGCAGUGCUACGGACACUUUCCAAUCAGCACUCUCUUGGGCACUAGCUGCUCUGUUGUUACAUGUGGCAAUAUGAUUAACGUUCCAAUCAGCAGCCGGUUUCAAACCGGUUACUUUUACUCUUAACUUCUAUUUUUAUUUUGUUUUCAUUUUCAUUUAGAGUUUUAUUAGUAACUAGUUUUUUUUUUGUAACCGUGCGAUUGUACAGGAUUAUUUUUAUAUUUUAUAUAUUAAUUAUAUAAUUUUAUAAUAAUUUUUAAUAAAAA